AUGAGGAUUGGAUGUUUACAGUUUGCGCCCCAGGUGGGAGACGUCAACAAUAACUUGAAUCGAGCAGAUUCAGUUCUGUCCAAAGCGAACCCAGACGAUCUUGAUAUUCUUGUCCUGCCCGAGUUGGCCUUCUCUGGGUACAACUUCAAGUCGUUGCAAGAUAUCGCUCCCUUUCUCGAAUAUUCCGGCUCUGGCAUCACAUCACUCUGGGCCAGGACUGUCGCUCUUAAAUACAACUGUGUCGUUACAGUUGGCUAUCCUGAAAAAGUCGACCUUUCUGCGCAAUGGCCAGCGAAUCCGGAAUACUACAACUCCACCAUCGUUGUCAACGCAGAAGGCGAAACAAUAGCAAACUAUCGCAAAGCUUUCCUAUAUUAUACCGAUGAAUCAUGGGCUCUAGAAGGAAACGAAGGUUUUUUUGAAGGAUAUAUCCCCGGUCUCGGAAAUACUUCAAUGGGAAUUUGCAUGGACCUCAACCCUUACAAGUAUGAAGCGCCUUGGAACGCAUUUGAAUUCGCCUAUCAUGUCCUUGAAUCGGGGUCCAACCUGGUCGUUGUGUCUAUGGCAUGGAUGACCAGAGAAGAACCACGCAAGUUCACACGAAUGCCCAACGAACCUGACAUGGAUACCUUGACGUAUUGGGUCACCCGUCUUGAACCCCUCAUCCGACAAGAUACCAGGGAAGAGAUCAUUGUCGUCUUCUGCAAUCGUUGCGGUAACGAAGAUGAUGUUCUGUAUGCUGGCACUAGUGCUGUAGUUGGUAUUCUGGACGGCGAGGUCAAGGUUUAUGGUCUUUUGGGACGAGGAGAAAAGGAGCUUCUUGUCAUCGACACAAAUGAGAAGCCCUAUGCCAAAAUGGUAUACCGAAACGACUCGAGCAACAACAUCUUAACGGAAGUGCGUGGCAAACUCGAAAAACAAGGCCAACGAACCGAAGGCAACUCUGACGAGCCGAAAAGUGCUGUUUCUCCUAACGAUGCAGGGCAUUAUGAUGAACAGCAGUCCUCCUACGAUCAUGAGAAUCGGGACACUCAUACGCCGCAACCGAAAGUGGCUGCCCACCCAUUCGAUCGUGAACUUCCAUUGCGAUCGAGACUUUACCAGGAGCCGCAGAACGAAAGUCCUCACGUAUCGGCAGCCACUGUCCCUCGAGAGCUUGACCUAGUAAAAUCUCAAGCUAUUCGCUCUCCUGGGCUAGAUGCUCUUAGUGUUCCUACACCAUCUGCUCCUAGCCCGACUCCGUUGGCUCUUCGGCCACGGCUCAUUAUUCCCGAAUCACCUCAGUCUCUGGUACACCAAAGUCCAUAUGGAUCUCCACCCACUGCUACGUCUUUGAGAUCGGCUAGAUCAAUCCAGUCAAUCGACUCAACAAUAUCUGGUGCGUCGGUCAGCACUGUUCGAUCAAACCACCGCCCUCCGGAAGACAGUACCCCCUACCCCGACAGCGCAAUGCCUACUGCGCACCCAUCAAACUUUUCACAGCUCAGGAGUCAACUGUAUGGCAGUGAUUUGGCUGUGUCAAACGAGGACAACUACACAAGCCCGAGAUCGGAUGUGGAUCAAAUGUCCGAAACAGCGCGCUGGCUCUGGAGUCCUUCGGAGAAUGUAGCAGCUACACCUGCUUCGGCAAGUUGGGUUGAAGAGACACCAGUUGGGAGGAAACAAUCUGCAUUCCCUUGGUCGAACAUAAAGGCUGACCCGCGGCCCCAAAGUACCGACACCGUGAGACAUGGUAGCAGGCUCGCUUCUUUCGUUCAAGAUUCCAGAGGCUUUGAUUCCCAGACACCAUUAAGCAAUACCUCAUCAAACUUGACGAACGGUACAAUCAUAUCGGAUUCUUCGGUCACCUCACAGCGAGCUAUCACGCCUUCGCACAGAUUGAACAUGUCCCCCAAGGCAACGUCUUCACGCAGGUCAGAGCGAUCCAGUCGUUCCAAGACAUAUGAGCGAGCCCCAUCGGCAAACAUAUAUCAUGGGAGCACUAGUGCGGAAGUUUCGCAACAGCCAGUAGCAAGGUCCCAACGAUCAAACUCGCGAGUUUCACGAAAAGAUGACUAUCGUCAAGGAUCCACCGUAGGAGAGUCGAUUGAUGAGCGGCUAAAGUCAUCGGGGUCCCGAAAUCGAAGUCGCCAUACUUACCAGAAAUCUUCGGAUUCGGCCGUGGACGGUGUCAUGAUCCCAAUCAUUGCAAGCCCAAGCAUUCUCCAGAGCAACGAACCAAAGCAGCAUCGAUCCGUGUCAAGGCCAGGCUAUGACCAACGGAGCAACUCGAUUGCCAGUUCAAGCAAAGGUCCCACCACCAACAGAAUUGGACGUCAUCAUUCUGGGUCCGUGACUACUGACAGCGGUUCAAUCACAUCCGGUUCGCGAGCUGCUAGCCGUGGUCGUACACCAGGACCUAGAACUCUCCCACCAAGUCAACGUACUGGCGAAUCAUUUCAGUCUCCACUCCGGUCACCUUCUACAGACUCUACGAGAAAUGCAAUACUUCAUAGUCGUAUUGAUCAUCCAGAGUCACACAGUAGACAAAGCCUUUCUAGCCAAACGUCGACCAGACAUGAAUCACGACAUCGAUCUCGACAUGAAUCACGGCAUCGAUCUCGACAUGAGUCGCGGCAUCAAUCACGGCACCGAUCGCAAGAUCACGGAGACAAUUUCGAGAGGUUCGAAGCUGUCGUCUGCCCAACGUGCCCUGUACAUGGAAGAUCAAACUCAAAUAGCGCCCAAAGGGUUCCUCUUCACUUAGCAGUAGAUGCUUUACCUCAACGGGUACACUCUGCUGACCAGGCCGGGCUUGCAAACCACCCUCACUCAGAAAACGAGAUCCUCCAGCCGAUCCAAGGUCUCGAUGGGCUGGAGCUGCUAAGGAGAUACCAGGAAGACCAGGCGGAUUGUGUUUUGACGCCUGCUUCAAACUUCAGCGAAGUGUUUGAGCAGAGCGGUCGCAGCUCGUCGGCCACAACCUGGAACACAAGCUCACCAGAAAGGUCACCAAGCACUCCCGCAUACUUCAAUCCAGCACAGACCCCUAGAGCGAUGGUGUUUGCUACGGAUGAUUCUGAUAUCGAGGCACUGCCAAGCGGCGGCCUCGAUGGUGAUGCUAUGCCUAACAAGACGUCUACUGCACCUGAACAGCCGCCCACUACCGUUGCUGCGUAG